GAGAGCUCGGAAGAAGGCGGUGAGCUACGGAAGAAAAUCACGGGAAAAGAAAAGAAAAAAAAACGGAAGGGAGGCGGCGGCGGAGGAACUUGUGAAAGGGAGAGAGUGAGCUUCCGAGAAUGGGAAAGGAAGAAUAAGCAGAAGCGGAGAAGGUAAAGAAUCGAAGAGGAACACAAAUCUGAAAUCCGUGCUAAGGGAGGGAGGAUGGAGAGCUGAAUUUAGGGAGGCAAAAAGGAGAUUUGAGAACUGUAUAGAGAGUAAAGGAAGGGAAUAAAGGCUGCUACAGGAAAAGGAAGAAGGGACCAUGGCUGGUAACAAAGCGAAAGACAAAAAGAAGAAGAAGCGCGGGGGUGGCAAGAAGAAGAUGACAGCUGAGCAGCAUUCUGCUUACAAAUCAGUGAGUGAAUGGGUUUAUUUGGAGCAGCAGCAUUUAACUGCUGCUUCUUGUGUUGUGGAUGACUUUGGGGUACAGAAGAGUUUUGGCAGAGGAGGGGAGAAGGUGGUCUUUGAGUUGCACUCCCAUUCCAAACACAGUGAUGGGUUCUUGUCCCCUACUAAGCUUGUGGAGAGAGCACAUAUGAAUGGGGUAAAAGUUCUUGCCCUGACAGAUCAUGAUACUAUGUCUGGGAUCCCUGAGGCUGUGGAUGCAGCUCGCAGAUUUGGUAUGAAGAUAAUUCCUGGAGUUGAGAUCAGCACAAUAUUCUCCCCAAGUAAUUUUGACUUAGAGGAACCAGUCCACAUUCUUGCAUAUUAUAGCAGUUGUGGGCCAACAAGGUAUGAGGAGAUUGACAAAUUCUUGGCAAAUAUAAGAGAGGGACGUUAUCUUCGUGCAAAGGACAUGGUCUUAAAACUCAAUAAGCUCAAACUACCUCUUAAAUGGGAGCAUGUUGCCAAGAUUGCAGGCAAUGGUGUUGCUCCUGGGAGAUUGCAUGUUGCGCGAGCUAUGGUAGAAGCAGGCUAUGUAGAGAAUUUGAAACAAGCUUUUUCCAGAUAUUUGUAUGAUGGUGGACCUGCUUAUUCAACAGGAAGUGAGCCUCUUGUAGAAGAAGCAGUACAGCUUAUCCAUGAAACUGGAGGUAUGGCUGUUCUGGCUCAUCCGUGGGCAUUAAAGAAUCCGAUUCCCAUCAUCAAAAAGCUGAAAGAUGCUGGUCUACAUGGGAUAGAGGUUUACAGAAGUGACGGGAGGCUUGAAGCAUUCAGUGACUUAGCAGAUACUUAUGGUCUCCUGAAGCUGGGAGGGUCAGAUUUUCAUGGGAGAGGUGGACACAGUGAGUCUGAACUGGGAAGCGUGAAUCUUCCAGUUUUGGUUUUGCAUGAAUUCCUCAAGAUAGCUCGACCUAUCUGGUGUGGUGCAAUUAAGGACAUGCUAGAGAUAUAUGUUGAGGAUCCUUCUGAUUCAAAUCUAGCAAGGAUCACAAGGUUCGGGCAGAUGGGUAUUUCGAAAGGAAGUUCUGCCCUAAAUUGUGGGAAGGAUUUGAUUGAUCAUUACUUGCCCUUGUGGAUGACAAAAGAAGAAAUCCAGAAUGUUGAUUUUGAAGACAUCAAAUUGAAACUUUCUCACAUGUCAAUCAAUAUGAGUGCAGGAAUUGUUCCAAUGGGGACUAAAUAGUUACUGACUUCAAAUGGUAAUUAAGUCUACUGGUUUUUGAUCCUAUUAAGCCCUAGUAUUCAUCAUCUGUUCAUCUUGUUGCUUUUGAGUCAUAUGGAAAAUGCAACAUGUUACAGUUUUCAGCUUCUUUUUGUUUUUUUUUUCCCCUACCUUUGCAUCUCCUUUUGUAGUAGACACAUCUUACUACUGUUUGCAUUGUGGAGCUUCGGCUAGUAACGGCCUGAUGAAUAUUUACU